UGUCAAGCUUGGUGAAAACAAGACAGAAUGGGUUCUAGGACAAAGGACGCCUCUUCAAAGCUUCAUGAGAAGCAUCUGUUCAUACUGAAUAAUAUGUUGAAAGAGGAAGACAACAAGCUUUGUGCUGACUGUCAUUCCAAAGGUCCGAGAUGGGCCAGUUGGAAUCUGGGUGUCUUCAUGUGCAUACGCUGUGCUGGUAUCCACAGGAACCUCGGGGUGCACAUCUCUCGUGUCAAGUCGGUGAACCUUGACUCCUGGACCCCAGAACAAAUUGAGUCGAUCCAGAAAGGGGGGAAUGGAAACGCUCGAGAGAUGUAUGAGGCCAACCUUCCAGCAAACUUCCGCCGACCACAGGAUGAUUAUGCUGUGGAACAGUUCAUCCGUGGCAAGUACGAACGAAAACAGUACAUAAGCAGGAGUGGAGGUACCCAAGCCGCCCCAGAGAAGAAACCUUCAACCAAACAACCUCCCUUGAAGAAAGACACUUCAAGCUCUAAGACAAAUAAGACAAUUCCUGUCCCACGGCCGAAUGCAAGUAAACGCUCCGCAUCCCCUCAACGUAUGAAAACCUCAGCGUCAGCCACAAAGCCAAAAUCACAAAAUCCUGUCGAUUUCAACAAUGCUCCUCCUAAACGAUCCACGCCCAAAGUGGAUCUUCUCACUGGACUUGCUGCUUCCCCGGACCUUAUGGACACCACCCCGGCAAAACCAGCAGGCAAACCAUCGUUUGACCUAGACCCUGGAUUUGUGUCAAGUCAGCAAAUUACUCCCGCAGGACAGCUGAUUGCUGAUCCGGGGCUACAAACGGCACGCCCUUCUGGUGACGUAAAUACCUCAAUCAUGUCCCUGUAUUCGGCCCCCCAGCCACAGUAUAACUCCUACACUGCCCAAGGCUACCCAGUGAAUGCCUAUCACUAUCAGCAACAGCAGCAAGCAGCCAUGCGAAUGGCACAGAUUGCCCAGCAGCAGCAAGUCCAAGUGAGUCAAGUGCAGCAGCAGAUGGCUCAAAUACGACUCAACCAACCACCAGCACCCAUGCCAAUGGGUAACCCUUCGGUUCCUCAAAAUACUGGAGGGUUCGGAAAUGGUGGACAGACUUUGAACCCUCACCUUUGGUAGCGUAUUAUAUUGUGUGAGGAUUCGCCUUCAUUAGGUUGCGGUCAUGCAUUUUAAUAUUUUAAUAUGUGUUUACGGUAUCUUGUUGAUUAUUUAAUAUUGGACAUCUUUUUUCUAACUAAACAGUUUAUUUAUGCCAAUGUACCAUGUGUAAUGUUACUGAUUUUAUAGGUGUAGAUCUCUUAUUUAUUAUUGUUAAUGCUCAUAUAAUUUUAAAAACCAGAAA